AUGGAGAGACACAACUGUCAGAUCCAGAGAGCUGCCGUUGUAUUCUUGCUUUUCUUGCUGUGCUCCUUCGCCACGGCCAAGCAAGUUGUGCCGGACUGUUGCCGCCAGAAGAGCUGCUCAUGCCGCAUUUUUGACCUGCUGCAUGGGAUGGGCAACCACGCCGCGGGCAUCCUGACCGUCGGCAAGCGUGGCAGCACCGCAUCCACCAAAGCCUUCCAGAGCCGGCUCUACCACCUCCUGCACAGCCUGGACAACCAGGCUGCUGGGAUCCUCACCAUGGGCAGGAGGGCAAGCAAGCCGGCCUUGGAGCAUGAGAAGAAAGCGCAGGGCAGCCCCCAGCUAAUGACAGUGCCGCCUGCUGCCGGGCUGGGCCUGGCCAGCAGUUGCCUGGCCCCACUGGAAACGGGCUUGCUAUCCGGUCCAAAGACGGGUGCUUCUGCAGAUGCCAUUUUCUGA